CCCAUCUGUGUGCCAGCUCGCUCACACCUCCGUGUUGUCCCCCUUCGCUACCACAGCCGCAUCCUCGUUCACCAUGGCCAGCGCACAACUUCUCGACAUCACUCGGGAGAUCAAGCUCGACCACGACAACGUGCGCGAGCUCUUUGACAGAUAUAAGACCGCCACAGAUCCCAAGACGAAGAAGGCCGUCGCCAACACGCUCAUCCGCGAGAUGGCCGUCCAUUCCGACGCCGAAGAGGUCACCGUCUACAACGACUACGCAGCCGUCGGCCUCGGCGACGUCGCGACCCACAACAAGGAGGAUCACGCGGAGGUGAAGAAGCUCGUCUACGCCGCCGACUCGCACGGCUUCGGAAAGCCCGACUACGACGACGUCCUCGCGAAGGCAGUCACCGCCUUCGACACCCACGCCCGCGAGGAGGAGACCGACCAGCUGCCAACGCUCCGCCAGAAGCUCUCCCCCGAGGACAACGACCGAAUCGUGCGUGCGUUCCUCAAGGCACGCGCGGCGGUCCCCUCGCGCCCGCACCCAUGGGCACCGCAGACCGGCGGCAUCGCGCAGAAGGCAGUAGGCGCGCAGGGAAAGCUGCACGACAAGGUCGUCGAGACCCUCACCGAUCGCGACUUCGUCGACGUCAAGUACACGCAUCCCGAGGUCUGAACGGACCACAUCGGACAGCGCCCAACCGAGCGUCAUAUUUUCUAUAGCAGUAUUUGUACCAGUAGUCUGUGGCAGUUGUACAACAGCACGCACGUUAUGAAUCACGACCCGGCGGAACAAACACGGA